UUUGCCAUCAACAAUAACAACAUGCGGUAUAUUUCUGAAUGAAAGCAUUUUGCCGCAUGCUGCGCAUUUCACAGCCUACACACACACGAACUUACACACGGGCGUGAUGUAAUACCUCCAAAGCGAGUAGAGAGGAUAAGUAACUAGAGUUACAGCUACAUAUGUAUGUACGUAUAUGUAUAUUCACUUUUGAAACUGUAAAUGGUAAUAACAACAACACAGCGAGCAACGGGCAGAUAUGACCGUCGACGAUGCUUGUCCAUAUUUGGCUGGCGCACGCACAACCCGAAAAACGCGCACUAUGGUAGGAGCCGGCGCCAAAGGGCGAAUGACAAAUGUCAAAAGAAAUACGACGCAAAUAUAAUAAAAGCGCAAGCGUAACACACAGGUCGCAAGAGAGUAAGAGAAAGGAGAGUGAUACCAAAAGAGUGCAAGUUGCGGACAGAAUAGUGCAAAGAGAGUGUUAAUGCAAAAAUGGUAUAUUGAAUCGAAUGCAAUAGGCGGCGACGCGUCGCUGUCGACGUCCAAUUAAUGCAGCAAAGUAGACGAAAUAAUUAAAGCAAAGAAAAGAGUUUAUAAAAAUGCUUGCAACAUGCGCGCGCCACCACAGUUGUAAGCGAGACGUUGACUGACAACGAGAGUCCAAGACCAAGGAGAGUAUUAAGGCAGCAACAUUUACGCGCCUCUCGUAACGGCUUUUCGAAAACUAAACGGGAAACCAUUUCAAACGCAUUAAAAAAGAGGAGGAAGACUUUUUGUUUGUAUGCGUGCACUCACGCGUGUGUGUGUGUACAGCUUAAUUAAAUUUCAAUUAAAUAUUAAAUGCGUGCGCCAGCAGUAAGCAGCAAGAAAAAGCAAAGCAAAUGGUUUUACACUCGGCAAGUGUUUCAAUUAUUGCGACAUUGACAGCACAACGCCUGUUGCUGUUGCUGGUCACCUGGAUGACCUGGCGCUGCUGCAUCCAUGUGGCUUUUGCACUAGACUGGCAACAGGUUAAGCCCAUGUAUUUAGUGUCCAUGUAUCCGGGCCCGAUUGGCAUGCCCAUGUCACAAACGCCAUCAACCACCUCCUUGUCCGCCGAGCUAGAUGCGGAAAUGAGCGCUAGCAAUGACGAUAGCCGCAUCAGCGACACCUCAACAGGUUCUGCGGAGAUUUCAGCGGAGCCAGAGCCCCUGGUGUUAAAUUUGGAAACAACACCAUUGAUGGACAGCAUGUUGCCAGAAGGUGCGAUGGCGAUGGAUCGUAUCUUUGGCGGCGAUGUGGGCAAUCCACAUUGUUUUCCCUAUCAAGUGGGCAUGCUGCUGCAGCGUCCAAAGGGUCUCUAUUGGUGCGGCGGUUCGCUAAUCUCGGAGCAGCAUGUGCUAACAGCUGCACACUGUGUGGACAUGGCCAAACGCGCGCUGGUUUUCCUGGGAGCAAAUGAGAUUAAGAAUGCUAAAGAGUCGGGACAGGUGCGUCUCAUGGUGCCGAGCAGCAAUUUUCAUAUCUAUCCCACGUGGAAUCCCAAACGCUUAAAAGAUGAUAUUGCAAUAGUGCGUCUACCACAUGCAGUUAGCUUUAACGAGCGCAUCCAUCCCAUACAGUUGCCAAAGCGGCACUACGAGUAUCGCAGCUUUAAAAACAAGCUUGGUAUUGCCUCCGGCUGGGGACGUUAUGCUACAGGUGUGCAUGCCAUAAGCAAUGUGCUGCGCUAUGUCCAACUGCAGAUAGUCGAUGAUCGCACCUGUAAGCGUAACUUUCCAUUGUCCUUUCGCGGCACAAACAUAUGCACCAGUGGACGCAAUGCCAAGUCUACUUGCAAUGGUGACUCUGGUGGCCCACUUGUGCUACAGCGCCGUCAUUCAAAGAAACGUGUUCUGGUUGGCAUCACCUCGUUUGGCAGUAUAUAUGGCUGCGAUCGUGGCUAUCCGGCUGCCUUCACUAAAGUGGCCUCUUACCUGGACUGGAUUAGCGAUGAGACAGGCGUGCAUUCGCACCAGGAUACCACCGAAGCAAUUUUCUUUGAUCAGUAUGUCAAGAAAUAUGCCAAGCAGCAAUCCAAACGUAAUCAUCAGAUGGUGGACGAUGUACCCGACGAACUGGACAUCCAUCACCCAUUUUCCGAUGAGGAUACGUCGGAGAAUCUCAACAUACGGCCACAUUCCAAACAGAAAUCAGAAUUCGACUUUUAUUUCUUGUAGCUGCCAAGUAUUCAGCAAAAUAAACCUUUAUUUUAAGCAAA